AUGAGCAAGGCACUACUGUUGGACUCCCGAAUGCGACCAAGCAUUUCAAGACUUGAAGAACUACAUGAGCAAGGCACUACUGUUGUCAAAAUCGCUUCCCGGGGAAAUUCUCCUCUUCUACCUUUCGGUAUCAAGCACUGCCGUCAGCUCGGUAUUGAUACGGAAGCCAAAGAAGGCAGAGCUACCAAUAUUUUAUGUCAGCAAGGCCCUUCAAAGCGCGAAACUUCGGUACCCACACUUGGAAUAGCUAGCACUAGCCCUUGUUGUGUCGGCACGAAGGCUCCGCCCAUACUUCCAAGCACACGAAAUCACGGUACUGACCAAUCAGCCCCUUCGGCAGAACUGGGAAAAACGGAUGCCGAGCGCUUUGAUCCCUCUGUCCCUCUAUGGAUCCUGCAUGUUGACGGCUCGGCAAAUCAGCAAGGCUGCGGAGCCGGCUUGGUGUUAACUGCUCCAGAUGGACGCAAAGUCGAAUAUGUCAUCCGAUUCAACUUCAAAACCUCUAACAACGAGGCGGAAUAUGAGGCUCUCUUGGCCGGCCUUCGGCUAGCCAAGAGCAUGAGCGCAAAGCAAAUCAGCAUUCACAGUGACUCCCAGCUCAUUGUAAAUCAAAUAACCGCAGACUUCGCAGCGAAGGAUGCCUCCAUGUCCGCCUACUUAUCGGCAGCCCACCAACUCCUACAAAAGUUCAAGGCCUACGAGAUUCGGCAGAUCCCCAGGUCAGAGAAUAGUCACGCCGAUGCACUCUCGCGGUUGGCUUCGGUAAUAAACGACAAGAUCGGAAGGAAUGUGACGGUGGAGAUACUAUCCCAGCCAAGCACAGCAACGACAGAGGUGUGUACCGUAUGGUACGAGGACACGUGGAUGUCUCCAAUUUAUGCCUUCCUAAUAAGCGGAACGCUGCCCACCGAUAAGUCCCAAGCUCGGAAGCUACGGUACCGAUCGGCAAGAUAUACAGUCAUCGACAAUGUCCUGUACAAGUGA